GCUCAAGCAGUGGACAUAGAAACCCGGAAGCCCUUGGAACCAGAGUCUGAAUUCAUCAUCAAAGUGCAGGAUAUUAAUGAUAAUGAGCCGAGGUUUUUGGAUGGACCUUAUGUGGCCAGUGUUCCUGAGAUGUCCCCUGUGGGUGCCUAUGUGCUCCAGGUCAAGGCCACAGAUGCAGAUGAUCCAACCUACGGGAACAGUGCCAGAGUGGUCUACAGCAUUCUUCAGGGUCAGCCUUACUUUUCCAUUGAUCCCAAGACAGGCAUCUUCCAUCUGAAAGUUCCUGAGUCUUCUCCUAUUGGCUCGGCAAUUGGAAGAAUAAGAGCCGUGGAUCCUGAUUUUGGACAAAAUGCAGAAAUUGAAUACAAUAUUGUCCCUGGAGAUGGGGGGACCUUGUUUGAAAUCACCACAGAUGAGCACACCCAAGAAGGAAUCAUAAAACUGAAAAAGCCUUUAGAUUUUGAAACAAAGAAGGCUUACACCUUUAAGGUGGAAGCUUCCAACCUUCACCUGGACGACCGCUUUCGCUCUGCGGGGCCCUUCAAAGACACGGCCACGGUGAGGAUCAGCGUGCUGGACGAGGACGAGCCGCCGGUCUUCAGCAAGCCGCUCUACACCAUGGAGGUCUACGAGGACACCCCGGUGGGGACCAUCAUCGGAGCUGUCACCGCGCAGGACCUGGAUGUGGGCAGCAGCGCUGUGAGGUACCUCAUAGACUGGAGGAGUGAUGGCGACAGCUACUUUACAAUAGACGGAACGGAAGGGACCAUCGCCACUAACGAAUUGCUAGACAGAGAAAGCAACGCACAGUAUAAUUUCUCCAUAAUUGCAAGUAAAGUUAGUAACCCAUUAUUAACCAGCAAAGUCAACAUACUGAUUAAUGUUCUAGAUGUCAAUGAAUUUCCUCCAGAAAUAUCUGUGCCGUAUGAGACAGCUGUGUGUGAAAAUGCCAAACCAGGACAGAUAAUUCAGACAGUGGGUGCUGCAGACAGAGAUCUCUCCCCUGCUGGGCAGCAAUUCUCCUUCAGAUUGUCACCAGAGGCUGCCGUCAAACCAAAUUUUACAGUCCGUGAUUUCAGAAACAACACAGCUGGAAUUGAAACCCGCAGACAUGGAUACAGCCGCAGGCAGCAAGAGUUGUAUUUGCUCCCUGUUGUAAUAGAAGAUAGCAGUUAUCCUGUCCAGAGCAGCACAAGCACAAUGACUAUUCGAGUCUGCAGAUGUGACUCUGACGGCUCCAUCCUGUCUUGUAAUAUGGAAGCAAUUUUCCUACCUGUGGGACUUAGCACCGGAGCUUUGAUUGCAAUCCUACUAUGCAUUGUGAUACUCUUAGCCAUAGUGGUGCUCUAUGUAGCCCUGCGGAGGCAGAAGAAGAAAGACACGCUGAUGACCUCGAAAGAAGACGUCAGAGACAAUGUCAUCCAUUACGAUGAUGAAGGAGGAGGGGAAGAGGACACCCAGGCUUUCGACAUCGGGGCCCUGAGAAAUCCCAAGGCCAUUGAAGAGAACAAAAUCCGCAGGGACAUAAAGCCAGACUCUCUCUGUUUACCUCGUCAGAGGCCACCCGUGGAAGAGAAGACAGACAUAAGGGAUUUCAUUCAUCAAAGGCUUCAGGAGAACGACGUGGACCCAGCAGCCCCGCCAUAUGAUUCCUUGGCCACUUAUGCCUACGAAGGAAAUGGAUCGGUAGCAGACUCGCUCAGCUCCAUAGACUCUCUCACCACAGAAGCCGACCAGGACUUCGACUACCUGACAGACUGGGGACCCCGCUUUAAAGUUUUGGCAGAAAUGUUUGGAGAAGAAGAAAGUUAUAACCCUGAUAAAGUUACUUAGGAGAGAUGUGAAGGUUGAUACACAUCUGAGAGAGAAUUUUUUUUUUUUAUCAAAAGAAACAUGAAUAGUAAUCAAACACACACACACACACACACACAGACACACACACACAGGAGUGAUUCAAGAUUAAUUUGAUCGUCUUGUUUCCAGCAAGUUACUAUCUUAUCAUGUUGUCACUUUUGGUUUCUUCUGCCAAUACACCAAUCAAUACAAGCUAGAACCUAUCAUCUGCACUUGCUUUAAAAAAAAAAAAUUCAGAAACACACUGAGACAAGCUCAGGCCUAUAAAAUACAAUUACUGACAUGGCAACCUAGAAUGAAGAUAGCUACAUGGCAUCACG